GAGAUUGCAGCGUGAGUUAAAGUAGUCAAACCGCUUUAAGCGAGAUUUCAGUCAGAGGGAGGCAAUUUUUUGGUCGAGUUACCGUUAUUUCGCGUAUGUUAUUGAAAUUCAAGUAGUUAAAGAUGAAACCAUUAAUGUUACAUGGGCAUGAACGUUCUAUCACUCAGAUCAAAUACAAUAAGGAUGGUGACUUGCUGUUUUCCUCUGCAAAAGACACAAAACCAAAUGUCUGGUACUCAUUAAAUGGUGAAAGACUUGGCACGUACAAUGGUCAUGGUGGUGCUGUUUGGUGCAUUGAUGUUGAUUGGGAAACAGGACAUUUCAUUUCUGGUUCAGCAGAUAACAGCUUGAGAUUUUGGGAUUGUGAAACUGCCACAACAUUAUCCAAAUAUGAAACAAAAACUGCCGUGAGGGCAUGUGGCUUCUCCUAUUGUGGUCAGAAGAUUAUGAUGACAACAGACAGACAGAUGGGUCAUGAUUGUAUCCUUAUGUUGUAUGAUAUUAGAGAAGGUUCCAAGGACCCAGUUCUUAGUGUACCAGUGGAUGGGCCUAAGGUAACUGCAGCCCUUUGGGGUCCAUUGGACCAAUACAUUAUCACGGGCCAUGAAAAUGGUGACCUUUGCCAGUGGGAUACAAAGACGGGAAAUAAAUUGUUAACUGUUCAUGAACAUACCAAACAAAUCAAUGAUAUACAGAUGUACAAAGAUCAAACCAUGUUUGUUACAGCUUCAAAAGAUCACACAGCCAAGCUUUUUGACACAGAUUCACUGCGACACAUGAAUACGUACAAGACAGAGAGACCAGUAAAUUCUGCCUCGCUUUCCCCUAUUAGAGAACACGUGGUACUAGGAGGCGGCCAAGAGGCCAUGGAUGUGACCACAACUUCAACCAGAGUUGGUAAAUUUGAUGCAAGGUUCUUUCACACGGUUUUUGAAGAGGAAAUUGGUAGAGUGAAAGGUCAUUUUGGUCCCAUUAACAGCACCGCUUUUCAUCCAGACGGAAAAAGUUACAGCAGUGGCGGCGAAGAUGGUUAUGUGCGAGUCCACGUUUUUGAUCCUUCGUAUUUUGAAGUGGAAUUUGAAUAUUAGUCGAAAUAAACCAUGUCACUGUUA